UCAUCCUCAGCUCCUGUUCCCUUCUUGCCAUGACACCCCUACCAGGGCUACUCCCUCCCCCCCCCCCACUGCUUCAGGGCUGAGGCCAAAGGGAGAGCAGGAAGGUGGGGCAUGAGUGAAGAUGGAUAGAGACCCUCCAAGGGGAUAUGUCUGACGGCCCCCUCCCUCUUCGAUUCUGGUUGCCAAGGAGGCAGCAGGAACAGCCUGUUCUUUGGGCUCCCAUCGGAUCAGCUAUGCCCAGGCCCCUCCCUCUCUUCCUUCCUCCAUCCCGCCCUCCCAGACUGUUGCUAGGAAGCACCCCAAGAUUUCUCAAGGGUCCUACCUUUAGAAACUAGGGGAUCCAGAUAUCUUUCUGAAGAGCUUCCCCCAAAGCCUGGAAGCCAAGACUCCACACAGCCUUCUCCAGCCCUGCCAAGAAGCCCCAGUUUGAGGGAACAGGAGACAAGCCCUCUGUCAGCCUGCCCUCAAGCUAGCUCAGUGGUCUGGGCCUCAGUAAUUCCCCUCCCCAUCUUGUCUUGACCUCCUGGGCUCUGGGUGAUGUCAGCAAGUGAUGAGGUGUUCAGCAGUCACCCUUUGUCUCUGCAGACACAGCCUCACUUAUUGGGGAGUUCUAGAAAGACUCUGGAAAACAGAGGAAACUGAGGUGCCACUAAGAGAAAUUAAAACCCAGGUAUUUCUCCCCCUGAGUGAUCUUUAAUCAAGAAAAAAGAUGCUGAAAAUAGAGGAAAGAAAGGGGAGGGUGCAGUUUAUGGGGAGUUGGGAAUCAAGUGUUUGGCAGAGAUGAGAGGCUGGGAAAUUAGCAAACAAUUGCCGUGCCAAGAGGAAAGUCGCCCCUUAAUAUACCCCCCACAUCAAUCAGUUUUGUCCCAUCAGAUGCCCUGGUUGUGGGUCACAAAAAAAGGGAGCCAGGGAAGGGACUCAGGCCUAGCUGAGCCUUGCUUUUGGUAGCUGAGGCAAGAAGUGGAAAAAGAAACUGACACCUUCUCCAGGUUGUCUGCCAGGGUUUCUCUUACUUUUAUUCAUUUGACACUUUUUUUUUUGAGCAUUUAAUACAUACCAAGUAUUGGAUCCCCUGAACUUUCCCAGCUUCUGGUUUCACUCCUACAUGGAACCCCUUCAUCCUGCUUUGCCAGGAGGGCAGAGGGGAGGUUUACCUACCAUACUACAGCCUCCCCCUCCAGUUGAAGGAGAGGAUGGGACAGGCUGGUGUGGAGGCCAGGAGUACAGAGUGGCUCUCAGGACCCAGAGCGGGGGCAGCUGACCUCCCUCCCUGCCAUUGUCCAUACCUCAGAGUCACAGUACUGUCUUCGCUUCCAUGCUGGAGGGUGUGGCAUCUUUCAGGGUGUUAGAGAGGAAACCAGCCUCUCUAGGAUUGGUUCAAGUUCUGCCUUUCACUGUCCUGGCUGGUCUCUUUCUGGACCUUUCCUGGGGGCAGCAGGAAGACAGAGACAGAGGUGUGGGGAUCCAGGAGCGAUCCCUGAGUGGGGAGCCACCUUGUAGCCUUCUUCCCCAUCCUCUUCUUCCCCAGAAAGAGAGAAAGGGAUUUUGCUGUGGGACUAGUUGGGGGAAGAAACUGGGUUUGGAGCCAGCUGUGUAUGAGUAUGUGGGAAUGACUUUUUUUCUUUCCCCAUCCACCUGCUGCCAAUUAACUCCCCAUGGUGGGGGGGGGCCCAGGCAAGCUUCCAAAGGAAAAUAUUCCAGUUAGGGGAGGGGAAUGACUCAGUUUCCCUACAGAGUGAAGGGAAGAGGAAACCCUUUGUGUCUUGUACGUUUCCCAACUAUUUCAGCGUCCCUGGGUCUAGACUCUCGCCACUUUUCCUUAUACUUCUUUCCAGCCUAGAUAAGGAAUGGCUCCAUCUUCUUGGGUACCCAAAACCCAGUUCCCCACAGCCUCUUACCCUACCUCAAGUCCCCACCUAGACUUACCUCCUUUUCUGCCACUGUUCCAGAGCUGCCAUGUCGCUCUGCCUGGCUGGCUUCUCCCUGCCCCUCUUCUCCAGCCAGGCUCCUUCCCCAGCCAGACCAACCAACACAAUGAAGAGCUUGGGCUUGGGGUUCAGAGAGCAGAAUUGGGAGCUCAGCCUCUCUCAGUGCUGAGGGAGAAGAAACAGACAUCCCAGGAAAGUGGAGACAGUAAGAGGGAUGUUUUAGAGGGGUUGUGUUGGGGGAAGGGUUUCCUUCUACACCCAAAGGGGAUGUUGGCAUCUCUUCUUUCAUCCACUGGAAGAUUAUCAUGGAGUCCCGUCCUUGUAGUGGGCAAGCCAGAGAGCUUGUGGGUCCUAGGAAGUGAUGCUGAUAUGGAGAGAAAGAUGGUAUGGCUGCCUCUGAUAUCUACAGACCAGGGAGUCAGGACAAAGUAGAGAAAUUGGAAAUAGCCCUUGCCCAGAACUAAGGGAGUUCCUUUACUCCCUUAGGAGUCCAGUUCUUAGGGAAACCUUGACAAGCCUACAGGGAGGGCUGCUGGUGAGAGGUCGGGGAAAGGGAAGGCAGAUGGGCUCACUACAGAAGCCACCUCCCUGCCAAUGUAAAGUGGGGAGGAGGCACCCCCACCCCGCCCCGAGAUCUGCCAGGUUUCCUGCCAGAGGGGGAUGGUUUAAGUUCAGAAUACCAAUAUCUUUAAGGCCCAGAUAUUCCCCACUCCCAUGUAGAUUGGAUCUAGUACCCAUUAAGUCAGGAGCUGUCGGUCACAAAGUUGACAGAGGGCAGUUUGGGCUGUAAGGGGUGGGAAAGGAGCUGCAGGAUCCAGGGAUGGGUCAAAGUAGGGGGUCCUAACCUGCAGUAACAGGAAAGGGAUGAGAGGAAGGAAGCAGGCAAUGGUGGAGUGAGGGGCUUGGGAGAAGAAGGGAAGCCAGCUAUGUGAGAGAUUGCAGGGAAACAGGGUCUGUGGCUGUCUCAAGUGUGUGUGUGUGGGGAGGGGAGGGGGUGUUUGGAGGUUAAGUGUGAGGAGUCUGGGUUCUCCCUCCUUCCUGCUUUGGAAGCUUUGGCUACACAUACUUGGCAGCUGUUUUGUAUAAACAUUAUUCCCCAGCAGUGUCACUUGGGCAGGCACUAAAGGGAGCAGAAUGGAGGGGAUUGUGGGUGGGCGUAUUGGGAGGGAGGAAAGCCAUAGACCUUAGAGGGGUGUGAUCUGGCUCUCCUCCAGCUGCACUCUCUUCUUCAGAACAUAAGUUCUUGUCUCCCAAUUUAGACUCUGCUCCAGAUACCCAGAAUCCUGUCAUUCUCUGCCCUGAGGGCCUCAGGUUUGAUUCCAGAGUCUGAGUGGACUGGUCUUCCAGAUAUGUCCCUCUGAGGACUGAUUUUGCCACUGAAAGGGUGACCAAAGAAUGGUUGUUGGGAAAUACAGAUGGAGCUUGAACUCCUGGUUGGGAAUAUGAGGCUUCUCAUGGUAUGGGAUGGGGAGCUGGAAAUAGGGGUGGCUGGGGGCUUCCAUGUUGUUUGGGUUGUAAAUGUUAGGGACGACCUGUCCACAAACAGGACAGGGAUGAGGGCUGUUUAUAGGGAGGCUCAGAUGUUGGAGCCAGGUGGGUAGCAUUUGCUUUUGGGAUUCGCACUGGGGGUGGAAAAAGUCUAAUACCCAAAACACUAGGAUAAGCAAGACAUUCCAUUGUUUUUAAUAAACUUAAAAAAAUAAUAUUUUUAGAUUUAUGGGAAAAAAUUUGAAGAUAGAGUACCUGUACCCCCGCCCAGUUUUCCCUUUUAUUAGGAACUUACAUUAGUAUGGUACAUUUGUUACAAUUAAUGAACCAUUAUUGAUACAUUAUUAACUAAUGUCUGCUGAGUUUUCAUCUAAUAUUCUUCUUCUGUUCCAGGAUCACAUCCAGGAUACCAAGUCACAUUUAGUCAUCAUGUCUCCUUAGGCCCUUUUGACUAUGACAGUUUCUCAAACUUUCCUUAGUUUUGAUAACCUAAACCUCAGUUUCCUCCUUAUUGCUUAAUACUGGGAGGACUGCCAGAUUUGGGGGUGAAGUAGUGGGUGAUGUGUGUGCAAGUGACAGAACCUCAAUGUCGCUUCUGGAAUACAGGUGUGGAAAUGAGAAGAACCCUGGUAGACUUAGGGAUUUAGGAGGAGGGAAUAAAAAAAGACCAGAAAGAGAAAGCCUAUUGCUGAACGAACGCCACACCCUUGGCGUGCCUAUUAACUAGCGGAUAAUGAAAGGAUGUCGGGAUGUGAUUUAAAUGCUCGGUGGACAGUGACGUCAUUGAACGAAGCCUGAUUGCGAGAAGCCUUUCAAGAACUUUUCCCUCUAAGUCCCCUGAGUCUCUGCGAUGCUUCAGCUCCUACCUGUCCUCUAAAGGAGAGUAACAAUGCAGGCUGACUUGCUUCGUCCCCUAGCUUGCUCGCUCGCGGAGUCCAAGGAACUACAAUUCCCAGAAGACAUCGUGGCGUGACCGGGCUCUUGCUGCAUCCCGAUUGGUUAAUAUUGGUUACUCUCAGCCAAUAGAAAAUCAGCUCUUUAAUAAGUGCCAAAAUGGUGAUGCCUAGGAUCUAGGACUAGGUUGUCCGUUCUGCCUCCCUUAAAUCAUCCUGUAUCUUCUCCAUUCCAUUUUACUCUAUUCGCUGCCCCCUCCCCCCACGCCCCGUUCUUUUCCUCAGAAUCUCUUCACCCCUUCUCUAGCUUUUUUUCUCCCGCCUCACAGCUGACCGCCACCGGCCUGGCCUCCUGAGUGAAAUCAUGAAGGUGGUGAACCUGAAGCAAGCCAUUUUGCAAGCUUGGAAGGAGCGAUGGAGUGACUACCAAUGGGCAAUCAACAUGAAGAAAUUCUUUCCCAAAGGAGCCACCUGGGACAUUCUCAACCUAGCAGAAGCACUACUGGAGCAGGCCAUGAUUGGACCUUCCCCCAAUCCUCUCAUCCUGUCCUACCUGAAGUAUGCCAUUAGUUCCCAGAUGGUGUCCUACUCCUCUGUCCUCACAGCUAUCAGUAAGUUUGAUGACUUUUCCCGGGACCUGUGUGUCCAGGCUUUGCUGGACAUCAUGGACAUGUUUUGUGACCGACUGAGCUGUCACGGCAAAGCGGAGGAGUGUAUCGGGCUCUGCCGGGCCCUCCUCAGCGCCCUCCACUGGCUGCUGCGCUGCACCGCAGCCUCUGCCGAGCAGCUCCGAGUCGGGCUGGAGGCCGGCACUCCAGCCGCCGCCGAGAAGCAGCUUGCCAUGUGCCUGCAGCGCCUGGAGAAGACCCUCAGCAGUACCAAGAACCGGGCUCUGCUUCACAUCGCCAAACUAGAGGAGGCCUCAUUGCAUACAUCCCAGGGACUUGGGCAGGGUGGCACCCGAGCCAAUCAACCAACAGCUUCCUGGACUGCCAUUGAGCAUUGCCUCUUGAAGCUUGGGGAUAUCCUGGCUGGUCUCAGCAGCCCCCAGCUCCGGAGCCAGGCCGAGCAGUGUGGCACACUUAUCAGGAGCAUCCCCACCAUGCUGUCCGUGCACUCGGAGCAGCUGCACAAGACUGGCUUCCCCACCGUCCAUGCAGUGGUCCUGCUCGAGGGCACCAUGAACCUGACAGGCGAGACACAGCCACUGGUGGAACAGCUGAUGAUGGUGAAACGCAUGCAGCAUAUCCCUACCCCACUUUUUGUCCUGGAGAUCUGGAAAGCUUGCUUCGUGGGUCUUAUUGAGUCUCCUGAGGGUACUGGAGAGCUCAAGUGGACAGCUUUCACCUUCCUCAAGAUUCCACAGGUUUUGGUGAAGUUGAAGAAAUACUCUCAUGGGGACAAGGACUUUACUGAGGAUGUCAAUUCUGCUUUUGAGUUCCUGCUGAAGCUCACCCCCUUGCUGGACAAGGCUGACCAGCGCUGCAACUGUGACUGUACAAGCUUCCUGCUCCAGGAAUGUAGCAAGCAGGGGCUUCUGUCUGAAGCCAGUAUGAACAACCUAAUGGCCAAGCGCAAAGCAGACCGGGAGCAUGCACCGCAGCUGAAAUCAGAUGAAAAUGCCAACAUCCAGCCCAACCCUGGGCUGAUCCUCCGUGCGGAGCCCACAGUCACCAACAUCCUCAAAACAAUGGACGCAGACCACUCUAAGUCCCCGGAGGGGCUGCUGGGGGUCCUGGGCCACAUGCUGUCUGGGAAGAGCCUGGACUUGUUGCUGGCUGCGGCUGCCGCCACUGGGAAGCUUAAGUCCUUCGCCCGGAAAUUCAUCAAUUUGAACGAAUUCACAACACACGGCAGUGAAGAAAGCACCAAGGCGGCCUCAGUUCGAGCCUUGCUCUUUGACAUCUCCUUCCUCAUGCUGUGCCACGUGGCCCAGACCUAUGGCUCAGAGGUCAUCCUGUCUGAGUCGAGCACAGGAACAGAGGUGUUCUUCUUUGAGACGUGGAUGCAGACGUGCAUGCCCGAGGAGGGCAAAAUCCUGAACCCUGACCACCCCUGCUUCCGGCCCGACUCCACCAAAGUGGAGUCCCUGGUGGCUCUGCUCAACAACUCCUCGGAGAUGAAGCUGGUGCAAAUGAAGUGGCACGAAGCCUGUCUCAGCAUUUCAGCGGCCAUCCUGGAAAUCCUGAACGCCUGGGAGAAUGGGGUGCUGGCCUUCGAGUCCAUCCAGAAAAUCACCGAUAAUAUCAAGGGGAAGGUUUGCAGUCUGGCAGUGUGUGCCGUGGCUUGGCUGGUGGCCCACGUGCGGAUGCUGGGGCUGGAUGAGCGUGAGAAGUCGCUGCAGAUGAUCCGCCAGCUGGCAGGGCCGCUGUACAGCGAGAACACCCUGCAGUUCUACAAUGAGAGGGUGGUGAUCAUGAGCUCCAUCCUGGAGCACAUGUGUGCCGACGUGCUGCAGCAGACAGCCACGCAGAUCAAGUUCCCGUCCACGGGCAUGGACACCAUGCCCUACUGGAACCUGCUGCCCCCAAAGCGACCCAUAAAGGAGGUGCUGACGGACAUAUUUGCCAAGGUGCUGGAGAGGGGAUGGGUGGACAGCCGCUCCAUCCACAUCUUUGACACCCUGCUCCACAUGGGAGGUGUCUACUGGUUCUGCAACAACCUGAUUAAGGAGCUGCUGAAGGAGACGCGGAAGGAGCACACACUGCGGGCGGUGGAGCUGCUCUACUCCAUCUUCUGUCUGGACAUGCAGCAGGUGACCCUGGUCCUGCUGGGCCACAUCCUGCCCGGCCUGCUCACCGACUCCUCCAAGUGGCACAGCCUCAUGGACCCCCCUGGCACUGCUCUCGCCAAGCUGGCCGUCUGGUGUGCCCUGAGUUCCUACUCCUCCCACAAGGGGCAGGCAUCCUCCCGCCAAAAGAAGAGACACCGCGAAGACAUUGAGGAUUACAUCAGCCUCUUCCCCUUGGAUGACAUGCAGCCCUCCAAGCUGAUGCGACUGCUGAGCUCCAAUGAGGAAGAUGCAAAUAUCCUCUCAAGUCCCACGGUUUUGAAUGCAGGAGGCCGUUUCCUCAGUGCUCCCUCGCUUGGCCCCACAGCCGACCGAUCCAUGAGCAGCUCCCUGUCGGCCUCCCAGCUCCACACGGUUAAUAUGAGAGACCCGCUGAACAGAGUUCUGGCCAACCUGUUCCUGCUCAUCUCCUCCAUCCUGGGGUCGCGGACCGCCGGUCCGCACACGCAGUUUGUGCAGUGGUUCAUGGAGGAGUGCGUGGACUGCCUGGAGCAGGGCAGCCGGGGCAGCAUCCUGCAGUUCAUGCCCUUCACCACCGUAUCAGAACUGGUGAAGGUGUCAGCCAUGUCCAGCCCCAAGGUGGUUCUGGCCAUCACGGACCUCAGCCUGCCCCUGGGCCGCCAGGUGGCUGCCAAAGCCAUUGCUGCCCUCUGAGGGGCUUGGAGUGGCCGCUGGCGCUGGCGGGGGAGGGUGCCAGCCCCAGGCAUCUCAGAAGGGAACCGUGAGGAGAGAUGAGACAUCAUUGCUCAUAGCCACAUGACGUAACAGCCCUCAGUCAGUCGGUUUCCAGAUCUUCCCCUGCUCCUGACUUCUGACCUCUAAGACGUCUCCCAAUCUCUUUCGUAAUUUCCUUUCCCCACUGCCAGCACCUGGUUCCUUAGCUCAGGGCAGCCUCCCUGUGUUGCACCCCUCGCGCCGCUCCUCCCCUCCCGCGGAUAGAUUUACCUCUGAGAGAAUGCCCAGGUGCGGGGGCUGUGUGUAUAUAUGUAUAGAUGUGUUUUUUACAUGAUGGAUGUUCACCUCGGCUCACUUGUAGAUAAAGACCCUUGUGGAUCCCUU